GGGGCUCAGGUAGCCCUCAGGUGGCAGAUCGAGAGGAAACUGGUGACAAUUCCCAAGAGUGUGACCAAGAAGUACAUUCAGGAAGACUUCGAGAUCUUUGACUUCACGCUUACCGCGGAUGAAGUCAAAACUAUUCAUGACAUGCAUUAA